AUGUCGACACACAGCAUACAAGCAUCUCGGGCAGCCGCCGAACAUGCGCUGGCUACUUCUGCAUCUUUGCAACCUACUCAGUUUGGACCUUCAUCAACGCAGCUGACUUCAUCGUCGCUUUCGACCUUGACCACUCCCACUCAGACGCCUCUUCUGCUCUCCGAUGUUGUCAGGGUGCCCGCACCAACGCCAUUCUCCCUCAUAGGAGUCCAACUUGUUGACACCAUCCCUCACGUCAUCAAGUUCAACCUCAUCGUCAACAUCGCCGGCGAGCUCACCGGAGUCUUUCUGCGCUUCCGGCGGAUCGGUGACUCCGACCGGCCCGAAUAUCAUCUCCAUGCAAGCAACCUUGGGAAAGGGAGGUGUCGAUGUGGAGAUGGAGGACCAAGAUCAAGGCGAUGUUAUGAUGUCGGAGAACUGGGCUUCCGAAAGCCCCAAGACGACAGUCUUGGCAAACCGGAGGAGGGUGUGCAAACACCUGUGUCUGCAUGGUUGAGCGCUGGACUCCCUGAUGGUGAUGUCACCAUGCAGGAUGUAUCAGGUACGGUGCAUGAAGGAGAGGACGUGAACGAGGAAGAGGAAGAGGAAGACAUUAGUGAGGAAGCCGCUGUUGGUAAGCUUUCGAGUAUGAGCUUGAUGGCUGCAGUGACAGCCAGUGGUGUUCUCAAGGAGGAGACAAAGCUCACUUUCGCUGCAUUUGCAGUAGGGGUGUUGGCGAAAGUUGUCCCCGACGGGCUAGUCAUUUCCUCGUUGCUCCCAUUAUUUGAAACGAUGUACCAGGAUCCGACGUGGCACGUCCAACAUUGCGUGCUGUUCGCCCCUUCCGACUAUCCUCUCGAGGCUCCAAUCAAAUGA